CCAUUUCCCUUUUAGUUUUGGUAUUUAAUCAUGUCACAGACAGUGCUUACUGUAGUUGUGACUUGUCCUGUAGAAAAGUGAGGAUUUCAGGUUGAAAAUUAGGCAAAAGGGAUUGGUGCUGUAUAAAUUGACUCACCAGGCUGUCUCAUCCUGGAUUGGACUGACAACGCCACCUGUAGUGCUCCUCUGCAUUCCAGGUUGAACUCACUGAGUUUGCGAGAGCAGUUGAAGACUGGCUACCAAGGUAUUGGUGUUGGGAACCCAUGUCAAGACGGUGACAUGCCCCCUAGGAGACGCAGGAGAUCACCCUCGGGGGAGGACUCCAAAACCAAGAGGGCCAGAGUUGGACAGAGCACCAAGCAACACAAAAUCCAGAGACCUCUGGCAGAAUACAGCCUUCCUUUUAAUGGCAAGAAAUGUAUAUCCUGGUUUCACGAGUACACAGGUCCAGAUGAGGACACCAUUGCCCCAGAAGGGAUGGAAAAGUUUUGUGAAGAUAUUGGUGUAGAGCCAGAAAAUAUUGUGAUGUUGUCUCUUGCAUGGAAGCUGGAUGCUAAAAAUAUGGGCUUCUUCACACUGGCUGAGUGGCUGAAAGGAAUGUCAGACUUACAAUGUGAUAAUGUGGAGAAGCUCCAACAGAAAUUAGACUACCUGAGAGGACUACUGGAGGACCACGUAGUAUUCAAAACUAUAUACAGAUAUGCAUUUGAUUUUGCAAGGGAUAAAGACCAACGCAGUAUUGACAUAGAGACAGCUAAGGCCAUGCUGGGGCUACUGCUGGGUAAAAAGUGGCCCAUGUUUGGCAUGUUUAAUCAGUUCCUUGAGCAAUCCAAAUAUAAAGUAAUGAACAAAGACCAGUGGUGCAAUGUCCUGGAGUUCAGCAGAACAAUCAAACCAGACCUGUCCAAUUAUGAUGAAGAUGGUGCUUGGCCAGUUUUAUUAGAUGAAUUUGUGGAAUGGACAAGAGAGCAGCAGCAGCAGUCGAUGGGAUAAAUUAUGAUAAAUUCAUCACAAAGACAAAAAUUAUAGAUGCUGUUUAUAAACAUAAAAGCUGCUUUAUGAUCCUUUAGCAACAGUAACCCUGUUAUUUUUGUUUGUUUUUUUGUGUUGCUCCAAGGAUGGUGAUUGGAGAGAAUUUUUCUCUCAUGAAUUCUUCCAAAGGAGCAUUAUUAUUUGUUGAUAUGUGUAUUUUUCAAGUGAAGACAGUGGGGAAGAACCCAAAUUGACUAUUUUCUUUUUUCCUUCUGCUUCAAAACUGCUGGUGUUUGUUUACUUUCUAACUGUUGUCAGGUUUGUGUACUCUUUCUAUAAAUAUCAAAGUAUUCGUGCUUAAAAUCCAUAUGGGAGCAUAGCCACAGAACCCUCGCCGUGCCUAUAACAGGGAUUUAGAUCUGAAAAUUAUAGAACAUAUUCAGCGGGUGAGAUAAACAGUAGCUCUUGACAGAACUGUUUUAAACCUAUGUGGUUAAUAAGAAAUAGUUGUUUUAUACUGCAAUAUUUGCAGGAAUGAGCUGCAAUUUCUAUGUCAUUAAGCAAACAAGCAAAUUGUUUUCAGUUUUGUCUUCAUAUUAUACAUUAACUGAUAAUGAACUUGGAGGAGAUUUUUUGAAGUUCAAGUAGUGGAAACUAGACCAGAUUAAUGUUUGCAUGCAUGCUUUAACUCUAAAUCUAGUCUUUUAUGAAUUGGUAAUUAGUUUUAUGUUAGAAUUAAAUCAAUACUGAAAUUUUA